CCCUAAUAAUGACAGCCUACCUCAGGAAUUCCAACAGAAACUAUACAUAGCAGUGCUCAAAGGGAAAAAAUCCAUCCCAGCCGAGACACUGCCAGAAGUAACUAUUCAAGAAAUACAGAGCAACACUAGAGACACCACAUAUCACUGAGUUUGAUCACCGGUUAGAAGUGAAGCAACAUUCUCAGUUGGGCUUGAGUAUAUAGUAUAAAUAAAUAAAGGACAACUAUUACAAUGCAAGUCACUGGAACCUGGUUAUCGUUUGCUGCGUUCAUUGUAGUAGGAAUAACUGCAACUUACAGUUACACUGCUCCACGGCAUUUACUUUCUUUGAACCAGCCGGGUGUAUGCCGAUAUGGGAGUAAGCUUGAAUGCUGCUAUGGCUGGAAAAGGAAUGGCAAAGGACAAUGUGAAGCUUACUGCGAACAUGGAUGCAAGAAUGGAGAGUGCAUGGGGCCAAACAAAUGCAAAUGUUUUCUUGGAUUUACGGGUAAAACCUGCAGUCAAGAUCUGAAUGAAUGUGGACUGAAGCCUCGUCCCUGUGAGCACAGAUGUAUGAACACACAUGGAAGCUACAAAUGUUACUGCCUUAACGGUUACAUGCUGAUGCCAGAUGGAACAUGUGCAAAUUCACAGACAUGUGCAAUGGCAAACUGUCAAUAUGGAUGUGAAGAGGUCAAGGGUGAAAUCCACUGCCUAUGUCCAUCUGCUGGACUUCAACUUGCACCAGAUGGCAAAAACUGUGUGGAUGUGGAUGAAUGCUCUACUGGCAAAGCAGUGUGUCCCAUGAAUCGUAAAUGUGUAAACACAUUUGGAAGCUUCUACUGCAAAUGUCAGACUGGUUUUGAUCUCAAGUAUGUCAAUGGCAAAUAUGACUGCAUAGAUAUUGAUGAAUGUGUUGCAAAUACACAUUCAUGUAGUCCACAUGCGGAGUGCCUAAAUACACUGGGAUCCUUCAAAUGCAAAUGUAAACAAGGCUACAGAGGAAGUGGAUUUGACUGUUCUAUUAAGCCUUUCUCUCAAGGUCCUCGCAAUGGAGGAAAGGGCAGCAAAGAAGAAAUAAAGAAUGUUAUUCCUGAGUAUAGAGAUGGUACAACUAGUAAAGAAGCACUGAAGAAACUUCUCAACAGGAAUCAAGCAAAACAAAAUGAAGAGGCAAGCAACCAAAUCCCUGAACCAGUGGCAACUGUCCCUCCAAGGAUCCAUCUGCAGCCUUUUGAUUAUGAAGAUGGUGUGUUCAUUGGUGGAAAAUAUGAAGAAACACAGCAGGGAGAAAAAAUUGAUGAUGUAAACUGGGGAGAAGAGGAAGAUGAUGAAACACAGGAGAACCAUAACAAUCUGGAGCAAAGUGCUAGAGGAGAUGUUUUUGUUCCCAGGGCAGAUGAAGCAGCUGUUUUCAGUCCUCUGAUUCAGCAGAAGAAAGUUAUGCCACUACGUCUGGAGCAUGAAGGCAUGCCUGUGGACUGUACUUUUGAUCGGGGAGUCUGUGAAUGGAAACAAGACACACAUGAUAAUAUUGACUGGAAUGCUGCAGAUCGUGAGGAUGGUAGUACUGGAUAUUACAUGGCUAUACCAGCCUUUGUUGGCAGCAGGAAGGAUGUUGGACGCCUAAAACUUCCUCUGUCCAACCUCAUCCCAGAUGGCAACUUCUGUUUAACUUUCAGGUAUCGACUAGCAGGCGAGAAGAUUGGGAAACUUAGAGUGCUACUUGACAGCCACAGCAGCUCUCCCGUCUGGGAGCAAAGUGGAAGCAAAGACGAUGGAUGGAAGAUGGCAAAAAUCGAAGUGACGUCUAGUCCUGUAAUGCCAAACAGAAUCAUCUUUGAAUCAGAGCGUGGAAAGGGCAGGACUGGUGAAAUUGGGCUAGACAAUGUUUCCCUUCUCCCUGGAUCCUGCCAGGAAGACAUUUCCCCAGCUGACAUCUGAACAACUUCAGACAUUCCAUUUGUAUUAUUUGCUACAGUGGAAACAAAGUAACAAAACCUGUGAAAUGGAUGCUCCCAUACAUUUCAAUAAAGUAAAAAUAAAGGAACAAAAACAUAUACAGAGCAGUACCAUGUAUCAUUUCAUCAUGAAUCACAAAGAUAUACUUGUGGCCUUAAAAUAUCACUGCUCUUGUUAUACUUGAGGUAAAAAAAUCAGGGGUUUAUAACGUGGACAUGUUUGUAAAUCUUUGCAGCUCUAUUUAAAUAGUUAAGAAAAUGCAUACAUACUUUCAACCACUGAGCAUCCAUAUAUCUCUGUACAUUACUGUUCUAAGUUGUCUGUUUUUUCAUGUUUUGUACUAGCUCUAGUAAUAUUAAUACAAUAUUAUAAAAUCUGAUAUUGGAUUAAUGGUAACAGUUUCAACAGAGUCUUAUCAGAAAUUAAUGUUAUUAAACAAAUAAGAAUGUGUGUGCUAUGCAAAUCUAACAAAAUGCCAAAAACACUUUUGGGUAGCUAUACAGUAUUAAAUUUACAAUGUUGAGUAUUUUCUACAGAAGUAGAUUGUUAAAAGGAUUUUUAUAUUUGAGUGUUUUCAGUAUUUCUUUGUUUCCUCAGAUUUAGGAAUACUGUUUUUCUAAUUCUCAAGAAACAUAAUCUUUAAUUUACUAUGUAAUUUAAGGUGCAGUAUGAAAGGGCAUUUAUGUCACAUUUUAUAGUUUGGCCUCCUAUAUCAGCAACUUAUGGUGCGCCAUUGAAGGUGUAACUAGAAUAUUUCCAUAAGUAUUGAUAGUUGCAAGAACAUUGCUUACAAACUCUGUAAACAUUAUUUCUGUGUAUUCUUCCUGCAAUCUAUAGGCAGCAUAUGAAGAUACGCAUACAUCAUGCAUGAUUUGAAGACGAGGCUCUGUAACAUUCUACAGUCUGUUCAUAUGAAGACACUCGCAGUGCCUAAUAAUUUCACUUCCUCUUGAGUAUUGGAGAGACAAUUAUUAGUCGAUAAGUGGAAAAUUCACUUGUUUAUUAAGAACCUUUAACACUUUAGAAACCUAAGACUUUGUGCCAGCAAUGUCUAGCACUGGCAUUAAAUGACUUAAAUAUGGCUCUCUGCCUUCCAUCUCUAAAAUACAGAACACUGUCUCUCAAAAUGUAGAACAAAUGGUUUAAAUGUGGUACACAUCAAUGACUUCAACUAGGAAGCUCGCAGCAUGAUUAUUAUGUGUUUCUUUAUACUUGAAAAUAUUUUUUAGACAAAUUAAUAUGACUCAGUAUUAUUUACCAUGGGUAUUAGUUAAAAAUUCUUUAAAAUGAAUAUGUGUAAAACCCUUUCAGUGUAUAAUGGUGUGGAACACAGAAUUUCUACGUUUGAAAAUCCUCAUAAUAAAAUAUAACUGAGAGGUUUGGAGUAGGAAAAUAAAUACUGGCACCUCGUGCCUAUGACAAAAUUAAUAAGCACAUUAAAUGUGCGAGGAAUUAUUCAUUUUCAUUAUUGGUGCAGCAAUACUGCUCACAGCUGGAAUUGUUUCUGAAUUCUGGCCCUAGUAUUUACAACAUGCUCUCUUUUCUAUUGAGAGUAGUUUAAUAGGUAAAGUUCUUUCCUUUGCCACUAGAAUAUACAAUGGAGAUUGCCAAAAUAAAUCCAAACAAAAGAUCGUAACUUGAAAAUUAUCUGUUAGCCAAAAAUAAUCACAGUAAGAUCACACAGGAGCUCUUCAAAAUGAAAAGCCGUUUGUCAGUGUUAGAGCCAUUCAUUGGCGAUGCUCUUAUGAGCAGAAUGCAAAAAUUCAAGAAGCUACAUAUAUAAGCAUUAAAGUGUGAGACGCGUACACACACACACACACACACACACACACACACACACACACACACACACACACACACAAUCAGUGUAUGGAGUUAAUACUAGAGGUUCAGACAAAAAGAGUGAUUUAUAAUAGUUAUUGAUAAUAUUUGUAAUAAUUAUACAAUACUUCACUUUGUUACAUUAUAUGUGUGUGAUGAACACAUAUAUGGGGAAGGUAAAUAUGUUUCAACUAUCAAUUCUGAAUUUUCUGCUUUAGGCCAUUUUCAGACAAAUGUGAUGAUUUAAAAUUAUGGAUGUGUCUGUGGUGUUAACUAGAAUGAUGCCAAAAGUCUUCUAGCUGAUGCAGCUCUAUCUUUACAAAAAAAAACAAAUGAUGAAUCAUAAAUGCAUAAAACUGAAGAUAUUUCAUACCAAUUGUGUAAAUGUAACUCCCAACAAUUCAGUCUUGCGUUGGCCAAAAUGAUGUAUAUGAUAAAGCUAAGAUUUUGAUCUGUGUUUUAGUACUGAUGUUUCAUACAACAGUGGUUGGGUUGAACCUAUUGCCUUAUGUUCUUAUUCUAAACCUUCGUGGCAAAUUACUUGUUUCAUUCAUUUGUAGUACAAAUGACUAGGAAUUUUAUACUGUUCUCACAUUAAAGUUAUGUAUUGACUGUAUGCAGUUUAUUCCAGGAAAUAUUGUGGCAUUUAUUACAGAUGAUAAGUAUAUAUAUUUUCUUUUGCACAGUUGUAAGCAAGUUGACAAUUCUGAAAAUAAAAUUUACAGUGAAAUGUG